AUGAAAUCAAUAUAUGGAGAUCCUGAAUUAAUAAGAUGGUUAAAUAAAGAAAUCAAACUUUAACCUGCAAUUCUUGAUAUUGAAAAACAAUUUCAGAAUUGGUUUUAUUUUUAAGAAGUACUUUAUAAAACAGGAAAUCCUCUUAAGAAAAUCUUAACAAAUAAAUUUGAUGAAUAUUCAACACAAAAGAAUAUAAAGAUAGUUAAAAAGCACAUUAUAAAAUUAGUAGGAAUUGAACCAAAGGUUGAAAAAGGUUAAUCAUAAAUAGAAGAAUAUUUGAAAGCAAUUAAAUAACAUUCAAAACCAAUUGCUGUUAAUUCAUUACUUACAAUUGCACGUAAAGAAACAAAGGAUGUUUUAAAUGAAUUGACAAAAACUAUGAAAGUAACAGACAAAAAAUAAGUACAAUCUUUGGUGAAUAAGUAAAUUAUGAAACUGUUAUAUCAAUUUUUAGUUAUGAAUAGAAGUUUAUAAACUCAUUGCCAAAGAAAUUAAAAUCUAUUGAAGAGAGUUUACAUAGAUUUAGAGAUGAGAAACUUAUCCAUGAGAUUUAAGCAGUUUAAUUAAAAUAGAAGGAUGAAGAAAAAGAGAGACAAUGGUUAUAGUCAUUAAGAGAGAAUGAAUUGGAAAAAAUUAGAGCAAAUCAUGAAUUUAUAAAAGAACAAGAUAAAAAAAUAUAUGAAUUCUGGAAAUAUACAGAAUCAAUUAAACAUAAUCGAAUAGAAAAAGAGAUAAAACUUAAUUAGAUGAUGACAGGAAGAUUAGUGGCUGAAGUUAAUUAAAAAAAAAAGGAUGAUUAAAAAGCUAUGGACAAUAAUAUUUAUUUAUUUUUGUAAACUUGUAUCAGAUAAGGAAUUGAAAUAGAAAAAGAUCCUUCUAAAAAGCCUGUACCUGAAAAGGCUAAAUUUUCUGCUGUUGCAACUAUGAUGAAAAUAAGAGAAAGAACACAUAAAACUGAGGAAGCUAGAAAAGCAAGACAGAAACGAAGAAAUAAAAUGUUAGUUGAAUAAUUAAAACAAUAAGAAUUAGUUGAAGCUAAGAAAAGAUUGGAUGAAUUAGUUGAUAAAUUUUCAGAAUAUGGAAAAAUAGCUAAUUAAGAAGCAGCUUUAAGAUAGAAAGAGAAAUUAAGAGGAAAAUUGUAAUUUAAUGAAAGAAUAUUAAUGUGUGAAGUAUUGGAAGAAUAAAAAGAAAUGUUUUUUGAAUAAUUAAGAAAAGAAGCUAAAGCAAGAGAAUAAGAAGUUCGAUUAUAGAGAUAAAAAGAGUGGAGAAUACUUUAAGUUUAAUAUAUGGAAUAGAAUUUUAAUAGAAAAGUAUAAAAAAGAUUAAAACAUAUUUAAUAAAUGCAACCAUUAAUAUUGACAAUUUUAGAUUUGGCUGAUAAAUGUUAUUUAAAAAUGAAUGAAAAUAUAGAAGAAAAUGGUAAACCUUUAACAUUAGACAAAAAGAUUUGGAAUAAAUUUAUUGAAGAAUGGCAAAAUGAAUUAUCAUAAGUAAAACCUCUUAAUGAUAAUAUACCUGCAGCUAUUACAUAAGAUUUUGUUGAAUAUUAUCAUGCAAUUAAAGAUUGGAAAUCUACUUAAAAUGAUAAUUAACUUAUGGCAAAUAUAUCAUUAGCUGAAUUUCUAUUUGAAAUAACAGAUGAAUUAUAUCCAAUGUAACCAUUAAAAGAAGGUAUUAAUUAUUAUUUACCACUUAAAAUAUCAUUAAUUGGAGGUAAAUUUAGUGGUAGAAAGACUACUGCUAAAUACUUAAAUUUAAAAUAUGGUUUAGAAAUUAUUGAUAUAGAAUCUAUAAUAAAAGAAUCAUUAAAACUUGCUUUUCCUCCUGUUGAAGAUCCUAAGAAAAAAAAAGAUACAAAAAAAGUAAUAGAAAUUCCUAUAGUGGAAAAUCCAGAAUUAAAAGAAUAUGGAUUAUAAAUUAAUGAAUAUAAAGAUACAGUAAUUCCUGAUGAAUUAUUAUUAAAAGGAAUCUUAAUUAAAUUAAAUUAAACAUUUAAUUAGAGAACUCCUUUAUAAGUUGCAUAAGAAAUGAAAGAAGCAAAAGAAAUGUAAUUAAAGAAAGAUCAAUAACCAGUUGUUGUUGAAGAAGUUAAAAAGACUUCAAAAAAACCUGGCAAAAAAGAUGCACUUUAGAGUACUGGACCAACAUAAGAAGAUUUAAUUAAAGAAUAUAUAAAUUCUAAAUAAUUUUAUUAUACUAAAGGAAUGGUUUUGAUUGGUUUCCCAGAAAAUGCUAAUUAAGCUAAAAUGUUAGAAGAAUAAUUAACUGGUUUUAUACCAUAUGAAGAAAGGUUGAAUUAAAUAGCUGAAGAAAAGAAAAAGAAAUUUUAAGAAUUGUUGGACAUACCUACAUAAGAGGAAUCCAAUAAAAUUUAAUAAUCAGGGAUAGAUUUAAUUAUUAAUUUGGAUACUCCCUUUGAAUAAAGAGUUUAAAGAAUGUAAAAUAGAAGAAUAGAUCCACUUACAGAGAUUAUAUAUAAUUUAGAAGAAAAUCCACCUCCUCCUGAGAUUAAACUUGAUAAAUUAUUAAAAAUAGAAAAUGAAACAGAAGAGUAUUUUUAUAUUUAAUAUUAGAAAAUUAUAGAAGGAAUUUCAAUAAUUUAAUGAUAAUUUACCUGGUCUUAUAGAAUGGUGUGAAUAAUUUGGUUUUGAAGAAGAAUUUAAAUAAUUACAUAAUAUAAAAAUUACAGGUAAAGGAUUUGAAGUUGCAAAAUCUAUUGAUGGUUUAAUUAAUAAAGUACUUACACAUAAUUGUGAGUAUUUGAAUUAAAUAGCUGAAGAAGUAUUGGUUAAUGAAACACAAUAAGAAUAAUAAUCUUAAUAAUAAUAAGGUUAAGAAAAUGUAGAUUUAGAAAAAGUGGAAGAAUAGAAUCCAGAAUAAUAGGCAUAAAUAUUAUAAGAGAAAUAGAGUCAUCUUGAUGCUAAAUAAUCAACAGAAAGAGGAAGAUCUCAAUUAGCAUCACGAUAAAAGGAUGUUCAAAGUGAAUUUUUAAAUUAAGAUUAACUUAAAGGAAUUUUAAAAUAAUGGGAUGAAAUAUCUAAUACAUAUAUAAGAGAAACUACUAUUUAUAUUAGAAGAAUGAGUCAUUAAAGAAAGAAAUGUUAAUAGAUAUUUUUAUAAACUUAAAAAACCUUUAUUGAAUUUUUUGAAAGUCCUGAUAAUAAAUUAAAAUUAAUGCAUGAAUUUUAAUAAAGUUAUAAUAAAUUUCUUUAAGAAAAUGAUGAUUUAUCAAAAUAAAAAAAUGCAAAAUAAUAAUUAAAAGAACAUUUAUAAAAAACUUAUGAAUAAUUAUGGGAUAUAUUAAAUUAAAAGAAAAACUAAGCAUUAGAUUUUGUUAAAAAAUUGAAAAAGGAUAGAUUUGUUGCUAUUUAAAUUUAAUAAUUUAUGUAACAUGUAUUAAUGCUAUUGUAAACAGAAACCAAUCUAUUAACAGAAAUAUAAUUAUUAGGAAAACCUUGGAGUGAACAUUUUAUUCUUGAACCACCUCAAUCAUAAUUAAUUGAUGGAUAUAAGUUUCCUUAAUUAGAUGUACUUAUUUCUUAUUAUAAUGAUUGUCUCGAUAAAAUUACAUAAGGUGAAGAAUCUUUAAUUAUUAAAAUCUAAAAAGAAAUUGCUUAUAAGAGAGGUUAAAUUAUUAGAAGUGUUGCUUACAGCAAAAUGACUGAAAUGUUAUUGAUGGAAGAUAUUCUUUAUUCAAGAAUUGAUGAUUGGAUUAUUUGUGGCAUUAAAAAGUAAUUAACAUAUUAUAUUCAUAGUGAAAAUGACUUUUGUUUUGAAUCAAUUAAUUAUUUAAAAUAAUAAAUUGAAAAUAGAUAAACAGCCAUACUUACAAUACCUGAACCUAGUCCCAUUUCAGAAGCCUUUAAGAUGAUUUAUAUGUAAUAACAUUUAAUUCCUGAAUCUGAAAAAUGGAGAUAGGCUAUCCAAUUUUAUGAAGAAGUUAAAUCACUAAGUGAUUCAGUAUGGAUUCCUUUAGAUAUAUUUGAGUCUUUCUAAAAAAGAAGAACUAAAUUCUUAUCAUAAUUUAAAUUGAAUAUCAAUAAAAUAGCCCAUUUGGGCUGUUAUCCAAAUGUUAGAUUUAGUUACUAAACUUUACUCAUUACUUUUAUAUUAUAUGAAUGCAGAGUACCAACCUAAGAGGAAAUUUAAUAAUUAGUUGAUGAUUUAUAAUCAGUAGAGCCAGAUGAUUAGAGAGAUUAUUGGAUAGAAGUAUUACUUUUUUUAUUAUUAAUCCAUAGUAUUAAUUUUGGUUUGAUGACAAUUUUGUAGAUUAAGAGUUCAAUUUAAAAAUUUAUAUUAAAAAUUUCCUUUUUAAUGUAUUACAAUCCCAAGAUUUAGUAAUAAAUUUUAAAUAUAUUAGGCUGUUUCUGUAAAAGAGAAUUUUGGAUAUUUUAAAUAAUUUGAAAAUUAAUUAUUUUCAUCUAUUUUUGAUGAAGUAGUAAAUGAAGAAAUAAAAAAUUCUAAUUCUAAAUGA